AUGGGAAAUGAAGCUGCCACCCAAGAUGCGCUUUCAUCGCAUUAUCCAGGCGCAGAAGGCGCAACACAGAAGUUCAGUGACUUCAUCGUCGAUACCAAGUACGAAGAUAUCCCGCCACAUGUUAUUGCAAAGCUGCUGGAUCUGAUCAUUGAUCACAUCGGUGUGGGAGCGGGCGGCGGAGCUCAAUCAGAAUCAAGCAGCUACAUUCUCAAGGCCAUCGAAUCCUUCGCCGAAGGAUCGGUCGGUGAAAGCACCGUGUAUGGCAAGGGAAAGGUUUAUCCCAAGCACAUUGCCGCCCUAUUGAACGGCGCAUUUGCCCAUUCUUUUGAUUUCGACGAUACCCACGCUUCCGGCAUCGUUCAUCCUGGCGCGAGUGUCAUCCCAGCCGCCUUAGCACAGGCCGAAGCCUCCAACGCGUCAGGACCUUUACUACUGACUGGCCUUUCUGUCGGAUACGAAGUCGCAUGCCGCCUUGGCAAUGCGUUGUCGUCAGGUGGCUAUCCUAGAGGCUUCCACAACACAAGCACAGCCGGCAUCUUUGGUGCGACGGCGGCGAUUUGCAAGAUCAAAGGCUUGACAGCGGUUCAGAUCUACAACGCAUUUGGACUCGCCGGUUCCAAAGCAGCGGGCUCGAUGCAGUUUCUCGACAACGGAUCUUGGAACAAGAGACUUCACCCUGGGUUCGCUGCACAUGACGCCUUUCUCUGUGUUGCGCUCGCUGAAGCUGGCGUCACGGGCGCGUCGCACGCGAUUGAGGGAAAAUGGGGUUUCUUGCAGGCUUAUUCGUCCAAGGCCAAUGCUACCGGUCUGACGGACGACCUGGGGACGUCAUGGCUAUUUGAGGAGACUGCGCUGAAGCCGUUUCCUGCUUGCCGGUUUACGCACGCUGCCAUUGAGCUCACGGCAAAGGUCGCGGCCGAAACUGGGUCGCAGAAGCUACCUGAGAGUAUCAAGGUCUGGGUGAACCCUUCUGGUUAUGAUAUCAUCGGUCGGCCAAGUCCGAACAAACUGCACCCAAAGACCAUCGUUGAUGCCCAGUUCAGUAUGUACUACCAAGUUGCUGUCGCUUGGCUAUUCGGUAUGGAGAUCGGAUGGAGUGCCUAUGAUUCGGAAAAGAUGAAAGACGGGCAGGUGGCGGAUCUUUGCGACCGGAUUGAGGUCAUCAUAGAUGAGGAUUGGAAGUACGAUUUCGGGGUGCGGAUGCUGUUCAAUGGGCUUGACGGACGAGAGAAUAGAGAGGAGGCUAUGCUGCAUCCAUUAGGCGAAGUUCAUCAUCCGUUUCCCAGCGCAAAAGUUCGGGAUAAGUUCAGGGGCUUGGUCAAACCUGUGUAUGACCCGGAGCGGACUGAGAUGAUCUUAAGUGCCGUGGAAAGCCUCGCCGAAGGGUCUUCCCAGGAUCUGUUAAAGCUGCUAUGA